UUACAUUACUUUGAUACCUACAACAUCUUCACUGCAAAGGCCAUUCGUAAUUUACUAUUGUAAAGGAAUACUUCUAAAAGACUCAAUUAUGGUUGUAAAAAAAGAAAGAUACCUGCCGGUCAGUCAGGAGAAGUAUGAAAGGAUUAUGCAGAGAUAUACAAAAUUUUUAGAGGCCGUUGAUAACCCUGAUAAAGACCCUGUGAGUCCUUAUGAUCCGUUAUCAAAGAAGAUGUUAGACGAACUGGAAUUAAUACGUGAAGUAAGCAAACAACUGCAGAUAAAGAAAGAUGAAGAUAUUAGUAAAGCUGCGAAAGCAGCAAAAGACGCCGAGGAAGAAGCAGCGAGGAAAGAGACAGAAGUCGAACAGCAGGAAGAGAAAGUUGAAUAAUUAUUGUUUAUAUAGUAAAGUUCAUUAAAUUAUUUUGUUUUAGAAUAAAUAUUUACGACCUCUAAUAAA